UUACAUUAGUUCCCAGGAGAGGAGGCGCACACCUGCUAUAUAAAUAAAGACACUGGUUCGUUUACAUAGGUGUGGUCAUAGACUUCGUUUAACUUUAUUUGGUUCGACCCGUCGUAUAGGACAUAAACGAAAAGAGCUAGCACAGGUAGACGGGAAGUGAAGAAUGACUCAGGUGUGGUUCAUCGUCGGUUUUCUCUGUUGUCUGUCGGUUCUAAACGCGUGUAAAUGGGACCCGGACACAGAGCUCGAGCAGGGGCUUGAUUUCAGCUCAUUUAAUAACGGCGCGGCUUACCUGGCUUACCUGCCGGAGAUUUCGGACGCGGAGCAGUGUCAGAGAGCUUGCUGUGAGAGAGACGAAUGCCAGCUCGCCGUGAUCGGGACUCCGGCGGACGGCAGGUCGGAAUGCCGCUUGGUCAGCUGCGUGAAAGACGGCAAAGACGUGUGUGUUUUGACCCCGAGCACACAGUUUAAAGCGUACCGCAAGAUCCUGGAUGGCGCUGAUCAAGAAUCUCAAAACAUUGCAGAAGUUCGUUCUGUGAACACCACAGAUCACUGCCGACUCCCAAGUGCGGUGGGAAAUUGCCGCGCUGCCUUCCCACGAUUUUAUUAUGAUGUCAACAAUCAGACAUGCAAGCAGUUCAUCUAUGGCGGCUGUGGGGGCAACAAUAACAACUUUAACUCCCAGGAGGAGUGUGAAGCUUCCUGUAGUGGGGUGACAGGGGCUGUGCUUACGGACUCUCAUUCCAUCGCUCAACGCAGCAGAAUGUCCAUGCCUGAAAACAACUUGGAUGCUGAACCUCUUCCUGAAAUGACUUCAGAGGACUUCCAGGAGAAGUGUCUGGCUCCCUCACAGCCCGGACCCUGCAGAGCCGCCUUCAGACGCUUUUACUACAAUAAUGGCACCUGUCAACAAUUCAUCUAUGGAGGUUGUAAGGGCAACCAGAACAAUUAUAAAACUGAGGAAUCAUGCAUGACAACCUGCACAGUGAGGGUCAUUCCCAGCAACAAGGAGGAAGCUGUCCUUCCCACUUCUCCUUACAGCAUCCGCAGCUUUGAAGAAACCUGUGCCGUGCCAUCCGACUCUGGCCCGUGCCGUGCAGCCUUCCCGAUGUUUUACUUUGAGUCCAGCACUCAGUCUUGUAAGCCCUUCAUCUAUGGAGGCUGCAAGGGAAACCUAAACCGCUACAACACCGAGGAAGAGUGCAUGGCAGCUUGCUCCGGGAAAGAUGGCCGUUUUGAUGGCCAUGAACACCACAGACGUGGCCGCUGGACUCCAGCCUUCUUCCUAGUGGCCACCCUGGCCAUCAUGUCUGCCCUACUUCUGGUAGGUUUGAUCCUGAUCGCAGUGCGCAGAAACUUCAACAGGGGGUCCCUCAUACUGGAUGAUAAGGAGGAGUUACUGCCUGAGGAGCAGGUGUCCUAUGAGAAGCUGCCCGAAGUGUAAUCGAGCUAAAGCCAGAGACCUCUCAGUGUCUGCUACGAACAUCCAUCACAGGGCACUCCAACAUUCAGAUGAAUUAAAACUACUAAGUUACAUUAAACUUCCAAUUUGACUACAUUCUGGAAGCGGUUCCAAAUCAGCAUACGUAGAGCAUAAUACAUGUGCACGUUUCGCAAACGUGUGCAUUAGUCACACAUAAGACAUGUGCAAUUAAUUAAGAAUAAAGUUUGUUUCAGUUUUUAAAAGAGAUAUUCUACUCUAUUUGUAACUGUGGGAUAUGUUGCACUAAAAUUGGUAAGUUGGUUGAAAUACUACUUUUGCCUUCUCUGACAUCUGUCACUUUUUAUGGUUAGAAUCCUACAUAGUAGAAGCUUUCAGGGAUGUAUUUAUUGUCACAACCAUAGUAACAAUGCAUAUAAUGAAGUGUUUUUUUUUCUUACUUUACUUAAAUGUAUAUGUAUGUAUGCAUUUAUACAUAAGAAUAACUGAUUGAUGAAUUGAAAUCUUCACCUAAUCUUUAUGCUUUUACUGUAUAACAAUAAUUUUUAUUGAGAAUGAUUCGAUCAUUCAAGUCAUUAAACCACUGCUAAAAUGCAUUUUAAAAAAGCAUUGUUAUUUUAAAAUCUUCAACAAUAAAGGCAAUUGAUUCAG